GCAAAUACGAGGCGAUGUACGAGCGGAUAUUUCUACAUGCUUUAACGAUGUUCAAAUACAAGUAAUUAUCUAGGCUGUAUAUAGUAGGUCAGAAUAACGCUACUGUACCACCAUCAUAGAAAUGUCUGAUAAGACUUGGUGUGUCACUACUUGGGUUGUAUCACACGUAGUGCCGCAUUACCAUAGGCGUUUGUCGUAAGGAGGCUGAUUAUGUUACAGACACUGUCGAGAUUUAUGUCUAUAUAUUGAAGAUACUGUAACGUCAUGUCUAAAUAGUGAACUAGAGACUGAUCGAUCUACAGAGACUGUGUCUGUAUAGUGGGGAAACUGUUACUACUGGUGUCUGUAUAGUGAGGAAACUGAUCGAGUAACAGAUACUGUGUCAAUAUAGUGAGGAAACUGUUACAACUGGUGUCUGUAUAGUGAGGAGACUAUCGAGUUGUUUCGUGACUAUAGGGUGAGGAAGCUGUAACACCCUGUAUCUAUAGAGGUCCAGAGACUGAUCAAGUUAAAGAGACAGUGGGAUUUGUGAAACUGUAACAUCUUGUGUCUGUAUAUUGAAGAGACUGACCGAGUUACAGUGAUUGUGGAGUUUUGUGUUUCAAAUAGUGAGGAGAAUAUAACGUCUGGUGUCUAUGUGUGAGGAGGCUGUGGCGACUUAGAUAUAUAACUCUGGGAUACUGCAGUAUUGUGUUUAUAAUGUGCCAAGAAUGAAUAUGAAUACCUCAUGGUUAUAACAUGUGCUACAGUUCGUUUAUGAAUCAUAAUUUGUGUCGACGUUUAUAAGCUAUGGCUUACUCCCGAGUUCAAGAUUAUCAGCAAAUUGGAACGCCUUUUCUGGCUGAGGACACCCGCCUACAUUUCGAAAAGAAAACGAAGAAUUUGGAAAGAUCGGAUGUAAAGAGAGAAAUAUACAAAAGAGAAUGCGCCCGAUGUCACGUGGUACCUGUCAGCGCCUAUCUCCGGGCGCCGUCGAGCGGCUCACUCGUCAUACGUCACUACAACUUAGGACCGAACGGCGCAAAAGCGUUGUCUGCACCGCUUAUGCUGGACGAUACCGUCACUCACGUAGACAUUGUAGGGAACGCUAUAGGGGUAGAGGGGCUGGUCUUCCUCCUUCAGGCCAUCGCAGAGAACCGAUCUGUACGCCACCUGGACAUAUCAGACAACAAUUUGGCAAGUACAGGAGCCAAAGUUCUCGGUGACUUCAUACGUCAGAGCAAAAACACCACUCUCGAGCAUCUUGUAAUGUCUGAGAACUGCUUCAAAGAUGAAGACGGAUUAUUUUUUUCUGAAGCUAUAAAGGUAAACAAAUCUUUAAAGGAAAUCGUACUAUCCCAUAACCUGUUCGGUGACGUAAGCGGUCCGGCCUUCGGGAAAGCUCUCGCCAUAAAUAACACACUGGAGACAUUCGACAUCAGUUGGAACCAGAUUCGAAAAAAGAGUGCAGCAUUGUUUGUGAAGAGGUUGAAGGAUAACAUUGGCCUGACACGACUGAAUCUGGGAUUUAACGGACUCGGCUCGGAAGGAGCUUCCGAAAUGGUGUCUCUCCUGAAAACCAACAAAAGAUUAGUGGAACUUGAUCUGUCUCACAACAGACUGAAGGACCUUGACUCUGUGCCGCUCGCCAAGGGUCUUGCCAAGAACGACACGUUGAAGGUUCUCCGGAUUGGAGAUAAUCUGCUUACGUCCGUCGGGGCCACGGCCAUACUUCACAGUUUGUACGACCCGCUAUCGCUGUGUGCACUGGAGACACUGGAUUUCCAUAACACGAGCGUGGAUCUCCCCUUUGAGCGUUACCUGAAGGAGAUUAAGGUCAACAGAGACAUUCACGUGAUACACGGGAAGGUGAUGAUGGUGGGAGAUCCACCCCUGCCAACGAAAACGUACAUCCGUGUGAAAACGCGAGACAAGAACAACACAGUUGAUGCCAGAAACAAACCAAAGGUCACUUCUGGGACUAACACCAUGACAACGAGACCGUGAUCUACUUUGAGGAAGGUCAUGAUUAAUGACUUCAAAUCGAGUGGACCAUUAUCAUUUUUCGGUAGCUUGGAUUUGAAAGUAGAUGAACGUUUGGAUUAGCCAUUGCAAUGAAGUGAGGAAAGAAAAAAGUGAUUAAAAGGUUUGGUAUGAAAUCCUCCGUAAAAAACCUAAGUGAUGACAAGUGCUGUCAGGCUUACUGUACUUGUGGCGCUUCCUUUUUUCCAAGAUGGAGGACGUGCCCACUGUGAGUGCCGUUGCCGCGGACCUGUAUUCCGAUAUUAUGGCACAGUUUCACAUGUUUCAUUUACAUUUUUUGACUAUGGUCAUGCCACCUUGAAGGAGGUAUUUGCCAUUUCAACAUAAUAUUUCUUAGAAUGAGGUAUUUGCCAUCAUGUGAUACUUGUAACAGGCGAAGCAUCAUUUAAUCACAGUUUUAGGAUUUUGUCCAUGUUGGUUAAGUCCAGUUGUCUAUAUAAACAUGCAUAAUUAGAUGUGAACAUUAUUUAUUUCAAAACAAUUGCGAAACAAGUCAUUUCAACUCAUUAGCUACGUUUAUUGGCCCGGAGGGAAGCGCGCGUUGGGUCUAACUGUGGGGGAUACACAUUAAACGUCACAGAUAGCAGUAGUUUUUGUGUGGAUCUCUUCAUUUUAACAUAUUGCGAUAUUGUUUAUAUAAAUCAUUUCAAGUGUACAACCAACAUUUAGUUUCGUAUCCAAUAAAGGAAGCUGUACAUGCAACA